UCAUCUUCACCGUUGCGAGUCAGGAGAGAUAUAUAGCAAAGAUACCACCGGCCGGCCGGGACAAAUGGAUAGAGAAGAUGAGAUGGAGAUGGAGAUGGGAGCAGAGGCAGUAGCGCAGGUGAUGGCGCCGCCGUCUCGGUUCAGGAGGGUAUGCGUCUUCUGCGGGAGCAGCAAGGGCAACAAGAUGAGCUACCAGGAUGCCGCCGUUGAGCUUGGCCAGGAGCUGGUAGCAAGGAACAUUGAUCUGGUGUACGGAGGAGGAAGCGUGGGGCUCAUGGGCCUGGUCUCUCAAGCGGUCUACAGCGGAGGAAGGCAUGUCAUCGGGGUGAUUCCCAAGACUCUCAUGCCUAGAGAGAUAACAGGUGAGACGGUGGGGGAGGUGAAGGAGGUGGCGGGUAUGCACCAAAGGAAGGCUGAGAUGGCCAGGCAAUCUGAUGCCUUUAUAGCGCUCCCUGGGGGCUAUGGAACACUUGAGGAGCUCCUGGAAGUAAUCACAUGGGCCCAGCUUGGCAUCCACGACAAGCCGGUCGGGCUGCUGAACGUGGACGGCUACUACAACGCCCUGCUGUGUUUCAUCGACAAUGCCGUGGAUGAAGGAUUCAUCAAGCCCACUGCGCGCCACAUCAUCGUGCUGGCUCCCACGCCCAAGGAACUGCUCGACAAGCUGGAGGAGUACUCUCCUCGGCACGAAGAGGUCGUGCCCAGGACGAAGUGGGAGACGACGGAGCAGCUGAGCUGCUGCAAGAUCCCUGCGCUGAAAGAGGGCACGGUGAUCGUCCCGGCGCAGCGAGGAAGCAUGCUGUGAGUUCGGUCAGGUUCCGAGGGGGGCUCUGAGUUAACCCUGUUGCCGGCGGAUGCGCAAGCUGCAAAUCUAGAGCGCGCCGUAGCCGCAUUGCCUUGUUUUAGUUCCUGUAGCUCUGGUAGAACGUGUCUAGUGUCGGGACUGUCGAUUGAUCACUGAUGUACGUAGUCGUGUGUUAUGUGCUAUGAGGUGUAGAGUUAAGAUUCAGAUGUCAUCGAUUAAUUUGGAAUCUGUGUGGCGGGUAUGCUACAGUUGUGUAGAGCCAAGGUUCAAAUGGAUCAAUUCCAGCGUCCAACUAUACCUUUUACAUAUGCAUAGAGUAUGGACCCUAAAAAAACAUAUGCAUAGAGUA